CAUGUCAUUUGCCAAGAAUCAUAUGAUCUCGGAACUUUGUAGUUCAGGCAAGUGAAGGCGUAGUCUCUAUCUAUUAAGCGAAUUACUUUGGUUUUCGAGCUCGACGGAUCUGAAACCGCUUCAAUAUGGCUCUCAGCGACGCAGACGUUCAAAAACAGAUCAAGCAUAUGAUGGCUUUCAUCGAGCAAGAGGCCAACGAGAAAGCUGAAGAGAUAGAUGCCAAAGCCGAGGAGGAGUUUAAUAUCGAAAAGGGGCGCUUGGUGCAGCAGCAACGUCUCAAAAUUAUGGAGUAUUACGAGAAGAAGGAGAAGCAAGUGGAGCUGCAGAAGAAAAUUCAAUCGUCGAAUAUGCUGAAUCAGGCAAGGCUCAAGGUGCUCAAGGUCAGGGAAGACCAUGUGAGGGCCGUAUUGGAAGAGACGCGUAAAAGGUUGGGCGAGGUGACUAAAGAUCAAGGUCGCUACGUCCAGAUAUUGGAGUCGCUGAUCCUGCAAGCAUUGUAUCAGCUGUUCGAGUCGACAGUUACUGUAAGGGUCAGACCCCAGGAUCGCGACUUGCUCAAGUCCAUUCUGCCCACAAUUUCGAAAAAGUAUCAAGAUAUCACCGGCAAAGACGUCAAGCUAGUGAUCGACGACGAGGUCCAGUUGUCCCACGAGACCACAGGAGGCAUCGAACUGUUGGCGCACAACAACAAAAUAAAAAUUAACAACACGCUGGAGGCCCGUUUGGAUUUGAUCUCUCAGCAGCUCGUGCCCCAGAUACGUACGGCACUGUUCGGCCGCAACGUCAAUCGCAAAUUUACGGAUUAGAUAGUUUUCGGUGCAUUCCUAGUAUUUGUAAAACUAUAGUUAAGAUGUUAUGUAUUCCACUGUAUUUGAUGUAUGUAUAUAAUCCACCGCUGUAUUUUGUUGGAAUAAAAAAUCUGUUGUCGAAAUAAAAUCCGACGUUGCCUUUUAA